AUGUUGAUGAAGAUCAAGAAAACAAAUGAAGAUCAGAAAGGAUUGAAAUCAACAUUGGAACUGGAAACUUUGAAAAUCAUCAACGAAAGUUCAAAAAUUCCCAAGAAAGAAGUUUCCUUCGCCGAAUGGACUCAAAUUUUGAACGACAUGAUCUCUGAUGUCAACUCAACCAUCACAUACUUAGCAAACCUGUUAGCUUUUCCAAUCCUCACAGUAGAAUUUGCAAGUUUGGCUUCAUUGUUCAUCAGUGGCUUAAUCUUCACUGUUGUCAAACAGCAGCAAUUGUUCGCCAUUGCGGUCAACAUUGUCUCACUUUUGCUCUUUAUCACUUGUUACUUCAACGAAAAGUUUUUAGAGAAGUUGGAUGACAUCAAUGAAGCUCUUUAUGACUUGCCAUGGUACGAAUUGAACUUGAAACAAAGAAAGCAAUUGAUGCUUCUGAUGCAUUGUGAUAAAAUUCAACGAGGAUUUACAGCUGCUGUAAUUCAUGAUUUAACAAUUGAACGGUUUGCAAUCGUCGUGAAGGCUGGAUACACAAAUUUGUUGGUUCUAAAGGAUUUGGUUCAAAAAUAA